AUGCAGUCACAAUUCUCGACAUUUGACACCUCGACUCUGAUAGUCCUUCCCGGUCUUAUCGUAGGAUUAUAUGUAUUCCGUUUCUAUUACAAAUACUUUACACGAGAGAACCCACUUCCCGGCCCAUUUCCUCUUCCCUUAAUUGGAAAUCUUUAUCAAUUCACUGGAGGUGACUUCUCUCUCUGGAUUAACAGCUUCCAUAAGAAAUAUGGGGACAUGUUUGAAAUCUACAUGGCGAGUGAAAGGCAAAUUUGGCUGAAUAGGGCUGACCAAUUGGAUAGUGUCAUGAGCGCAUCCACCAAGACUGCAUUCCCAGUAAGAUUCUCGCCAAGUGAAGGUUUAGAUGAAUUCGACAUAUCGAGGAACUCAGUUGCCUUCAACUCUGAUUUGAAUGCAUGGAGAUUCUAUAGAAAGUUCCUUGAUCGAACCUUGACUCCCAAGACUUACAAAGAAGCAAUCGUAGUGACCGAGAAACGUUUCAAGGAAUUGACCGAACAUUGGGAUAAGUUUGGAUAUGAUAAUGUCAUCGAUUCUCCAGCAUGGAUACGUCGAUGUAUUGGUGAUGUUGUCAUGUUGAUGACCCUUGGCAAGAAUCCCUAUCUGAUGGCCAAAUAUUUUAGCUCUUUGCGUCCAUCUGAGAAAGUCGAGACCCACCAUGACUUAUUGGAAGAGACAGAGAAAUUAAUCGAAAGCGUCCACAAUUUCUUCUAUGGCGCACAGUUUUUCUUAUUCUUCCCUCGAUUCAUUAGGAAUUCUGUGUUUAGAUUUUAUGCAAAGAAGCUACAUGCGUCGUAUAACUGGUCUAAGCAGCUCAUUUAUGGGAUAAUUAGAGAGAGAAGACAGGUGAUUGAAAAUACCCCAAACAACGUACCGUUAAAGCCGGAUUUGAUGAACAUGCUUAUCACUACCAACACCAAGAGAGAUGUUAACGGCAAGUUUCGAAGUGAAUGGAAAGAUCCCAUGACCGACGAGGAGAUUAGAGUCGUUCUGUGGGAAUUUAUUAUCGGAGCUAUCGAAACGACGCCUCCUACAUUUGGAUUUGUUAUUGAUCGUAUCGAGCGUGAACCGCAGGUCAAGGAACGAAUGAUUGCUGAAAUUGAUGCUCACUUUGCUGAAGAUCCAGAUCGUUCGAUAACUUAUAACGAUUUAAGUGAACUUGUAUAUUGUGAUGCCGUCGUCAAUGAAGCACUCCGCCUCCAUCCUCCAGGGCCACUAAACUUCCGCUACAACCAUCGUGAUGAGGAAGUCGGAGGCUAUACAUGGAAAGCAGGCACUCAAUUUGGUAUCAAUUUCAGGGCAGUACAUACAUGCACAGCACACUGGGAAGAUCCAGAUAAAUUCUUCCCUGAACGAUUUCUCAUCUCCAAUGUCGAGAAGAAUUCGUUCUUACCCUUUGGAUCCGGAAUGAGGAUGUGUCCUGGGAAGAACAUGGCAUUGACUAUUAUUAAGACGUUGCUAGUGUCAUUUUAUAGAAAGUACAACGUAAGAUUGGCUAAUCCGGAUUCGCCUUUGAAAUUUACGUUUAGAUUGGUCAAUGCCUGUGAAGGGGCUCAAGUGUGCAUUGAGCCUAGGAAUUGA